AUGUAUGAGAGUUUUCUUAGACAAAGGAGCAAAAUCACUUGGCUUAGAUUUGGAGAUGAGAAUACUUCUUAUUUUCAUGAUAGUCUCAAGCAGAGGAAAAUUGGUAAUCGGAUUACUUCUUUCGUGAAUGAUGCAGGUCAGCUCAAUGAUAACAAUGAAGAGGUUGUUGCGUAUUUCAUUAAUCACUUCAAAGGUUUUUUUGGCAGUUCUAGUUUAGCUUCUACUCGAGUAGAGCAAGAGUGCUUCCAGCAAGGGGUUGUUUUGACUCUAGAGCAACAACUUGGUCUAUUAAUGCCUUUUACCAAGAAAGAUGUUAAGAAGUCUUUAUUCAGUAUUCACUCAAUCAAGAGUCCUCGACCAAAUGGAUAUGGUACGGGCUUCUACAAAUCUUUAUGGAAGGACAUAGGGGAUGAAAUUUUAGAGGCGAUUCUGACAUUCUUUGAUCGAGGAGAGAUUCCUCAUGAACUUAACAAUACAAUCAUAUCCCUCAUUCCUAAGUGGAUUAUGGCUUGUUUGACGGGUACCUCUUAUACUAUUUUGAUGAAUGGGAGGUUACAAGGGAGUUUUGAUGGGAGGAAAGGUUUAAGACAAGGAGACCCGAUUUCUCCCUUGCUGUUUGUGCUGGUCAUGGAGUAUCUCACUCGUCUUCUUAAUCUUGCUACUCAGCACAAGGAAUUCAGAUUCCAUCCCAUGUGUAAUAUUAGAUCCAUCCAAAUCUUGUUUGAUGGUUUUACCAAAUUUAGUCAGAAUUCUGGUCUGACUGCCAACUUAUAUAAAUCUCAAGUGUAUUUUGGAGGAAUUUCUGCUGAAGUUAAGAAUAAUAUAUUGAAUUAUGUCAAUAUUGAAGAGGGUUCUUUUCCCUUAAAAUAUCUGGGUGUCACUCUUCGUCCUACUAAAUGGAAGGCGGUUGAUUGUGGUGUGAUCAUAAAAAAAAAAUCAGAAUCAACUUCAUUCUUGGUCAAGUUGCCAUCUGUCAUUUUCUGGGAGAUCUCAGUUGAUCCAUUCUGUUUUAUUGGGCAUUUGAUCGUAUUGGAUGAGUAUCUUUCUUCUGCCGCAAAGUGUCAUUCAAGAAAUUGA